AAUUCCACAACUACCUGGUGAAGAACAGAAGGAACUUCUGAUCUUCGUGGAAACAACAGAGAUGAUUCUGCCAGUGGUGUUCCUGUGUUUCACAGCUGUGCUGCCUCCCUCCACUGGACAGGAAGCUGAAGCUCUCAGUGCUCUGUCAAGCAGCAGAGCAGAGCAGCAAAAGCUGAUUGUUGACAGACAUAAUGCCCUCAGGAGAGGAGUAAAACCAACUGCCAGCAAUAUGAUGAAGAUGGAAUGGUGUCCUCCAGCUGCAGAGAAUGCCCAAAAUUGGGCCAAUCAAUGUACUUUAAGGCACAGUCCCCCUAAUCUGAGGAGAACCAAUGUACUUUGUGGUGAAAAUCUCUUCAUGUCCUCUGCCCCGUUCUCAUGGGCAGAUGUUCUUCAGGCCUGGUACAAUGAGAAGAAAAAUUUUGAAUAUGGAAUUGGGGCAAAAACAAAAGGUGCUAUGUUUGGCCAUUACACUCAGAUGGUUUGGCACAAUUCCUAUAAAAUUGGAUGUGGUUUUGCUUUCUGCAGCAACACCACGUACAGUUACUUUUACGUCUGCCAGUACUGCCCCGCGGGAAACCUAAUAAGUUCAAUGAAGACACCCUACAAGGAAGGAGAGCCCUGCGGGGAUUGCCCCAAUGCCUGUGAGGAUGGAUUAUGCACCAACCCUUGAAAGUUUGAAGAUGCUUUUUUCCAAAACUCCUGGCAAAGUGUCCAGGAUGUACCCAGAGCUUUGUCAAGGCCACUUCUCUGCUCUUGUCAAUUCAAAACUGGAAUAAAAUAACAGGCUCAAUUUUUACCUUC